GCACGCUGCUCUCGCGGGCUAGUGCCUGGCCGGACGACCUGGGCAAGACCCUGGCGAGUACUGGCACGCAUGAGCUAGCGCGGCGCACCGACCUGAAGAAGCUGGGCAUCGGAGACGGUGCGACGAAGGUCCCGGACCAGCAGACCAUGCGCACGGUGGUCAAGGAGUUCAGACUGAGGAAGGACCUGAUUGACGUACGCGUGCUGAGGCAGAACGAGGGCGUGCUGGCCGAUUUCUCCGGCGCCUACGCGAACGACCCGAGCUUCGCGACGGCCGAGCUAGCCACGAGGCACCCAACCGACACGGUGGUCGCGACCUACGUGAAGGAGCCGAAGGGUGAAAGCGUCGGCGACAAGCCUUCGGACAUCACCACGGCUCAGCGGGGCGCUCUACGGAAGCUCCACCUGAACCUGAAUCACCCAUCGGCUCACGCUCUGAAGCGCCGCCUGAAGUCCUACGGGGUGUCGCAGAGGGUGCUCGAUGCGGUGGAUAAGCUGGACUGCGUCGCAUGCAAGGAGCUCGGCAGACCCCACACUACGAGGUCAGCCAACCUGGAGCUCUCGACAGAGUUCAACCAGGACGCGUUUCUGGACAAAACCGAGGUGAUUCUCUCAGAUAAGACACGGUUGAUGGUUAUGGUGGUCCUGGAUGACGCGUCGAGUUUCAGGGUCAUCAUUCCUACUGUGGCAGGGCGGUCCAUCACGGGCGAGGAGAGCCUUCGCUGUUUCUCGCAAGGAUGGCUCUCGUGGACUGGCCCUCCGAAGGUGCUCGGCUACGAAGCAGCGAAGGGCACCGUCACGCAGCGGUUCGCGGGGAUCGGCGAGAAGUACAACACCCUGAUGAGGCCGGUCCCGCUAGAGGCGCCUCAGCUCACUGGCAGAGUGGAACGGGCUAUCGACUUCUUAAAGGACCAUUUCCAGCGCCUGAACCGCGAUGUGCAGCUCACCAAGAGCGACGCGAUGGAGGGCGACCAGAGGCAGCUGGCAGCGCAGAGCGCAGCCCUCUUCGAAGAUGGCCCCAGGAGGGCCGAGCAGAUUCGCGCUGCGGCAAACCGGGCGUUCUUCGAGCUGAACAGCGACGACGCCGUGGGAAGGGCCACGGUUGGUCGAGUUCACCCGCCGCGCGGGCCGUUCGUGCAGGGCCAGCUCGAGUUCUACUGGCGCGAGGUGAAUCACGUGAAGUCGAAGCGGCUCCAGGGCGAGCGCGGGCGGCGCGGCCCGGCCAUUGCGCGGGCGGCUGAGGGCCACAUCAGGCUGCACCUCAGCUACCAUAGGGCGUCGGCGCUGCUCGCGACGCCCGAGCAGGUGCGGCAUGCCUCUCGCGGUGAAGCUGAGAUGGUGGAGAACGAGGACCUCGCCAGGCAGCUGUCGCAGUGGCGUGAAGGGCCUACCCUCCAGAAGGGCAUCGCGGACGAGCGCCGGCCUGGGCCUGACGGGAGCGGCGGCCAACGUGCCCGGCAUCGCAAGAAGGACGACGGCGACUCACACUACGAGGACGCCGCGGGCGACGCGCCGGCGGCCAAGACGCCGCGGGCCGAGGAAGCUCCACCGCCUCCCCUGGGAGGUCCGAGGCUUCUCGCAAGCGGGAGAAGCAGACCAAGGAGGAGGACGCACCUGAACCUGGAGCGCCACCUAAAGUACCACCACGACCUGGAGAUGGACACGACAUGCAGGACGUCAAAGCUGCGCCACUACCUGGAGAUGGACACGAAAUGCAAUGCGCCAAAGCUGAAGAUAUACUCGGGGAUGGAUACGAAAUGCAAGAUGUUACGGAUGACGGCCCACCUGCACCGGAUGCAGCUGGACAGGAAUGAGCCGACGAGGGGCGGUCUCUCGCGCGAGCAACACCCGCUGAAGGCGAAGUCGCGGAACGUCGCCCCGGGCUACGCGGACAUGCAGCUGCUCGCGGGCGAGAUGCAGACGCACGCGCCGACGCUCGCGGACGCGGCCACGGCGGUGAUCCAGGGCGGCGCGCCUGCGGUGCCGGAGCUCGGAUGGCUUUUCGUCCCAGAAGGGGCUAUCCUGAAGGCGAAGAAGGGCGUCUACGGGCUGAGGGGGCUGAACGGUCUGAUAGGGGCGCACGUCGACGACGAUCUCGUCGCGGGGUCGCCCGAGUUCUUCGCGAAUCAGGUGGCCAAGCUGAGGAAGGCGCACUGCUGCGGCAAGUGGCAGACGGCGAAGGUGGGCUUCCACCGCUGCGGGCGCUUCCUCAUGCAGACCGACAGCGGCGCGAUUACAUGCAGCCAGAAAGAGUACGCGGAGAACAUCGAGAAUAUUCACAUCUCGGCCGAACGUCGGAAGACAAAGGAGGCGAGGGCCACGGCGGAGGAAAGGGCCAUGCUCCACCACGGCAACGGCCAGAUCCAGUGGCUCGUCCGUUCUACGCGGAUGGACUUGGCGCUCCAGCUGGUGGAAAGCCAGGCUAGGGCUCACGACGGCGACCUGAAGGUGGAAGAUCUGCUGGGCGACAACAAGCUCGCGAGCGACGCCCAGACCGACCACGUGGACAACGUGAUUGCGGCGGCAGUGGGGGGCUCGAGCCACGGCGACACGGGCAAGACGAAGACCGCUAGCCAGACGGGCCUGGUCAUCUUGCUCGCGGACAAAACUUGCGAUCAGCUACUGCGCGGGAAGCCUGCCAAGGUCACCCCGACGUUGUGGCGAUCGCAUCGCAUCAAGCGGGUAGUAUGGAGCACCCUGGCAGCCGAGGCGAUGGCAGCUCUGGAGGCGGUCGAGAGUGGCGACAUGCUGAGACAGCACCUGGUGGAGUUGCACCGCGGGCUGAGCUACCGGGCCCGCGUGGACGACGCGAAGGCGAUCAGGAUGGUGGAGGCCACUGACUGCAAGUCGCUCUGCGACCUGCUUCAGAGGCGAAGGGCGAUUCCGUCCGAGAGGCGGCCGCUGAUCGACAUCGAAUCGCUCGGGAACGACAUUGAGUUCAACGACGUGGUCAGCCAGUGGGCGAACGCCCAGCAGAUGCUCGCCGACUGCCUUACCAAGCAGGACGUGCGCGCUGGCGACCACAUGAGGCACGUGCUCCGAACGGGCGAGUACCGAUUGACGGAGGACCCCAUGGCAGAGCAGAUGAUCUCUGAACAACGGACGGAGCUGAAGGGUCGCAUGGGGUGCAAUGCGCACGCGGCUCGACCUGCCCCCGAGCAAUAUCUCCGUUCGCGGAUGAUGCUGGGCCAGCGCGAGGACGACAUCAACUGCGAGAAGCUCGAGGACAUGGUCGACUGGUCAGGGCUGAACCAGGUGGCGAAGCGUCGGGGGAUUCCGACCCGCGUGCGCAAGUUACUGGCGAUAUACGCGCCGAUCAAGGAGGCUCUGGAGCGCGACGAGAAGGACUUCACGGAGAAGCACAACCUGAAGAAGACGGACACGACCGAGGACAUCGAGCACCACGAGGACACGAAUGUCAUUUCGGACGAGGGUGCACUUGUGCAGUCGGGCGAGAAUUUGAGCACGGACGGCGCUGCGGAUCUGGGCGACGCAGGGGAUCUACAUGAUGGGCGCUGCAGGUGCUGA